AUGAAUAACAUCACUAAACAGAGGAAUAACAUCACUAAACAGAUGAAUAACAUCACUAAACAGAGGAAUAACAUCACUAAACAGAUGAAUAACAUCACUAAACAGAGGAAUAACAUCACUAAACAGAUGAAUAACAUCCCUAAACAGAUGAAUAACAUCCCUAAACAGAGGAAUAACAUCCCUAAACAGAGGAAUAACAUCACUAAACAGAUGAAUAACAUCACUAAACAGAGGAAUAACAUCACUAAACAGAGGAAUAACAUCACUAAACAAAGGAAUAACAUCCCUAAACAGAUGAAUAACAUCACUAAACAGAUGAAUAACAUCACUAAACAGAGGAAUAACAUCACUAAACAGAGGAAUAACAUCCCUAAACAGAUGAAUAACAUCCCUAAACAGAGGAAUAACAUCACUAAACAGAUGAAUAACAUCACUAAACAGAUGAAUAACAUCACUAAACAGAGGAAUAACAUCACUAAACAGAGGAAUAACAUCCCUAAACAGAGGAAUAACAUCACUAAACAGAGAAACAACAUCACUAAACAGAUGAAUAACAUCACUAAACAGAGGAAUAACAUCACUAAACAGAUGAAUAACAUCACUAAACAGAGGAAUAACAUCACUAAACAGAGGAAUAACAUCACUAAUCAGAUGAAUAACAUCACUAAACAGAGGAAUAACAUCACUAAACAGAGGAAUAACAUCUCUAAACAGAUGAAUAACAUCACUAAACAGAGGAAUAACAUCACUAAACAGAGAAACAACAUCACUAAACAGAUGAAUAACAUCACUAAACAGAGGAAUAACAUCACUAAACAGAGGAAUAACAUCACUAAACAGAUGAAUAACAUCACUAAACAGAUGAGUAACAUACACAUGUAA